AUCACUUCACUCCCUAUCACUAAGUUAGUAAGUUAGUAAGUUCUAAAUGGUUUGUCUUCACUCAUUCCAUAAUUAGACUGUCUUCGGUUCUUGAUAUUCACUCACUAUGUUAACAUUUGAGAGGACUAAGUCAUUCACUGAUAUUAUGUGGUGAUUAGUGCUGUAAAUUUGUGAUUUGAUAAGCCGCAAAACCUGUUUUCGGUCGGAAGCAAAGUUUCGAAAAGGAAGUUAUUCAUUCAGAGUGUUUGGACUGGACUUUUGUCUUUUGCCAAUGCACAAUCAAGAUCGAAUUAUCGGCGGAUAUUUUCUCGGUGUAUAUUCUGAUUAAAUCUUCAACAAAUAUACUUUCUCUUCCCGAAAACGAUGUCUCUGAAAAGGGUUGAUGUCGAGAGGAUUUGAGAUGAUGUAACUGUCUUGUUGUAAAGAUCGAUUUAUCCUUCAUUUUAAGGACACAAUCGAGGAUGGUAGUGUCUUGGUAAUGCUGAAUGUUUCACGUCGUUUCACUAACAUACUAGUCCAGGUUUGUGUUUAACAUAUUCUGUUGCAUAUUAUUAUCGAAUACACAGAUUCCUGGUGAAUAUUUAUCCAUGAAAUCGGUCGUGUUGUAGCCAGGUAGUGAUUUCAAAUAACACAAGGUUCCUAUUCACCUCUUAUUUCAUUUCAACUUGUUCUUACGGGAUUCUCUUCUUAGUACUUUACCUUGUUGAACAAACCUUUGUUUGUAUUGAUUUUCUUUAUUUCUUUCCGAGCAUACAGCUGUUGAUAACAUAUUCGCGAAAGCGUUUGUUUUCAUGUAACCUCUAGUUGUAAACACUGUAAAGAAUAAAUUAAUAAUCUGAAAUAAAUUAGUUCUCUUCUCUCGGUUUUCUUUCUCUAUACCCGUUUAACCAUAAGUAUUGCAUUUUAGAGGGUGGCGUUUUGCAUUACCCGCCAUCAUGGAUGUAAUUUCUCACAAAGUGGAAGAUAUAUUUGACAAUGCACCUCCCAAACAUGAAGAGAAUCUCGUCGUUUCACCCAUAAAUUCGUACGAUCGUAGCAUAAACUCUGAAUCGUCUAUUUCAACCGGGGGCUCUGAAGCAUCUUCCCCUCCAUGUGUUCCCCAACCUGUUCCACCAAAUCUUCCUAUUGAUAGAUCAUAUGGCAUUCGUAGCUUGGUUGGAGUUGGUUUGCUGUUGUUUUCAGCUUAUGUUGGUUCAAUUUUCCUUCAUGCCCCACUACUUCCGUUGGCGAUUAUAUCACCGCGUUCAUUUCGUUAUCUUGUCGACGAACUUUUAAUAUCCUGGUUAAUGUUUGCUGAGUUUGUUAUAUAUAAAAUUCUUGGUUGCCGUGUUCGUCAGUUCGGUGAUCGAGUCCUACCAUCUACGUCAUGUGAACCUCGCAGUUGCUUGUUUAUACUCAAUCAUCGAACACAGUUGGAUUGGUUUUUCGUAUGGGGCUUAGGUGAUCCAAUUCAUCGGAUGAAAAUUAUUCUAAAAGAUUCUCUUGCUAAAGUUCCUGGUGCUGGUUGGGCUAUGCAGUGCGGUAGCUUUAUAUUUCUACGUCGACGUAUAGCAACAGAUCAAGAAAGAUUGCAGAAAACUGUUACUUAUUUGCUUGAUAUUCAAGACAGUUGUCAGUUAUUGAUAUUUCCUGAAGGUACAAAUCUAACCAAAGUAUCAAUAGCCAGAAGUGAUACUUUCGCUGAGAAAAACAAUCUACCGUAUCUUCGAUAUACUCUUCAUCCUAGAAGUACAGGAUUUCUACACUUGAUAAAACUUAUUGGUUUAGAUAAUCUGACUGAAGUGUAUGAUGUAACAGUCGCCUAUCCAGACUUUCUACCAUCCCCGGAAAUUAAUCUAGUGCAUGGUCAUGUUCCACGUGAAGUUCACUAUCAUAUUCGUCGUUUCACUGUGAAGGAAAUACUAAAUGGAAGUGAGAAACAUGUGCUAAACGAUGCUACAAAUGAGACUUUAUCAAAGUGGUUACAAAGCCGUUGGUUAGAAAAAGAAGACCUACUAAAAGCAUAUUAUGCUAAACCUAUUGGAAUACGUCAAUUCGAUAAUGAGAUUUCACCUGGCAGUCGCUUAUUCUAUGUGGAUAGAUCAGAGGAUAAUAAUAAUAAUAAACUAAUGUUUACAUAUUUCGGGAUGUUGAACACUGGUUUCUGGUUUCUUGUAAUGAUUGGAAUAGUUUACCUUGUAUGCACCUCUCUGUCGGUAUUGAUUUACUUCGUUGUAAUUCAGUUAUUGUUCACUUACUUCACCUAUUAUACUGAUGGUAUUAAUAUAUGGGCUACAAGUUGGAUAACUGGUUCGCAAGAGACUACGCCUUCUCCUCCUCCUCCUCCUAUUGAUACUAUCAGUCAGCAUAACAAUAAUAAUGGCUUUAUCCAUUCUGCCGGUUAUGAAAAUGUUGACCAGAAUAAGAAAGCCUCAUAAAUAAUAAGAAUUUCUACGGUGUGCUACUACUACUACUAUUACUACUUACUCGCUAACCUUUUACCCGUGUGAAAAAGUUACCUACAGAGUGCAUAGUAUUACAGAGUGAUUCCUUAUGCUUUGUUUUUCUUUUUAUUUGAUAUAAUUGUACUGCCUUUGCAAUACCUUUUCCUACUCAUGUUCACAUUUUGUCAUAGUGUGUCUGAGUUUGUAUGCCUGUGUGUGUGUGUGUGUGUGUACGUUUGCGGUCUUUUCACCAUUCACUGCAGUAUUAUUAUUAUUAUUAUUAUUUUAUUUGACAUUUCAUGCUCUAUAGAUGAUAAUUUUGUUUUCUUCAAGAGUUGUUUAUUUAAUGGAAACUAGUCAAUUCACUUGUCUCCCCAUCCUGCACCACCAUCACCACAACAUAAAGUCAGUCAUCCGACGUCACCUCUCUUAUUCAAGAUAUUUUUGACUACUUUGAAUUGCUAAAUGUUUGUCAUUUUCACUUUAAAUUUUUUUUUUAAUUUUUCAUUUAUUUAGUCACUUUUGUUUGUUUUCUUUGGCUUUUUAUUUUACACUGUUGAAAUCAAUUGUAAUUUUAAUCUAAAUUCAAAGUGGAACUGGAAACCACGAGUGUUUGUUAUCAUAAGUGUAGUAUCACGUUAAUAUUUUUUUUCUUCUUUGGUUUGUUUUGUUCUGUUUUGAGAAAGUCAUUCUGUGUGUGUCAUCUCUGAUUGUUGUACUUUCUUACAAGCGUGAAUCAAGUGAAUGUUUGUUAGUGUGUUGUGACUUUUUCGAGUCGUUUGUCAUGAUAAGUAAUAAUCAUUAUUGCUUUACAUAAAUAUAUAAAUAAAUAAAAAGUAACUUAAAAGUGGGAAACUUUGUGCAUAUUAUGUGGUUUACGUUAUGCGCUUGAUAUGAAUUGUUAUUUUAAAAAUAAAUCUAGACGAUGGGACUAUACAUAAUUCUUUUUGG